AUGACCGUUCUGAAUCCAGAUUCCACAACGGCCAACGCCGUCAUGGACGAGAUGCUCCACUACCGCAGCCCAGACGGGGUGAUUAUGACCUUCUUUUCCCCCUUCAAAAACCGCGUUGACCCCGUCGUGUGCUGCAACGUGCUCAGCCUCUUCUACAAGCACGGGCGAGGGCACGAGCUCGCCGAGACGCUCACCUGGGUGCGCGACGUGGUCAUCCACCGCGCGUACAUCCCGGCGAUCGUUAGAUCCCUCGCAGAGGUCGAUCUCCAGCGUUAUAAGCCACAGUCUCCUUGCAGUUAUCUUCAAGUAUAUCAAGGUGUAUUCAUCCAAGGCCAUGCACUUCUCACCCUUUUUGAGCAUCUUCAUGCCCAACCCUGGCACCGCAAAAACUGCCCCUCAUGUAAGCAUAAAACAGCAGAUAUUGCGCCUGCAGCCUUGCCAGAUACGCCCGUAGCACGCCUGGAAUCUGUAAACCCUAACCCUAAACCCGGUCAAGGCCAGAGCCACCCGCCCAACCAUCAAAGGCAAAAUUUAGAUGCUGGACUCUGCCGCAAAAAGACCCCUUGA